AUGCGAGCCGCACCCUCGCCCACUGUGGUUACUGCUACAAAUCCGCCAGAUCGUCUCAAGCUAGCAUUCUCGGUAUUUCAAAAUGGUCGAUUGGUAGAGUUCCUCGGGUCAGAAGACAAUCUCUUCCCGAUGAACAGGGUUGAGAAUCUCGCAGCUGCCGGAACUCUGCAACUGCCUCCAACUUUCAUUUCCCAUGGAAAACAGGAUUCAGCCGUUCCAUUUGAAGGCUCUCAGCGCUUCUUCGAUUUGGUGCGAGAAAAAGCGCCCGGUGCAGUUAUUAAGCUUCACGGCGAAGACGGUGAUCAUGGGUUUGACUUUGCGACAACGCUGGAUACGGAUUGGAGACGAUCUCAAAGGCUUGGCUUGGCUACACAAUGGUCCAUUAGCUGCAAAUUCUAUGUUCUCUAG